CAGAGAAAGGGAGGAGAGAAGCCACAGUAAACAGUUCUCGCUUCACCCAAGACAUUUAUCUACAGAACGGGUGGGGACUCUUACCUGGCAUGGCACUCCUGCUCCAGCUGCAGCUCAGAGCCUGGCUGUGGACAGCACUGGUCCUCUAUGUGUUUGCUGGAUCCUGGAGGCAGACAGAUGGGCAACUUCACACGGACCACCAUGCUGAUGUGAAUGUGUUUCAUAACAAGCUGGAGGAUGCCAACGUCAUGCUAGAGUUGCUCUGGGAAGGACUGGAGAUUGAGGCUAACGAGACAAUCAGGGUGCAGGAUGAGGAACUGGCCUCUCUGCGCACAGCAAAGCGAUUUCUCCAGAUCUUCCAGCACCAGGUUCCCAAGACAUCAGAAGGGAUCAAGGAGCAGCUGAAACAUCUUUCACAGGCAGAUGCCCCUCUGAGUCUGGUAGAGUUUGAUCAGCUUCUCUUCACCAGCGUUUACUGCGCUUAUCAGAUUCGCUCCAUUCAGGGCCUGGACAAAAAUCUCUGGAUCAGUUUCUUUUCUCAACUUGUUGAUGAAAUCCUCCAUGAUCUCUGCAAAGGAUUCUGCCCUGCAAAUUCCACUCUCCUGGCUUCCUGGCCCUGGAAGGAGAAGCCUUUUUAUUUAACCUUACUGAAAAAGUCAUAUCAUUCCAGCCUGGCCAUGACGAAGAGAGGCACCGAGUAAGGAGACUGACAUGACGAGAUUCAAUUGCAUUCUUGUUACUCUGAGUGCUGCCAGUCAUCCCAGAUUAUGCUGGUUACUGUGCAAAAAUGCCACCAUUCUUCCUCUUUUGCUUUCUGUAUUGUACUGGCAACAUUCUAGGCAUUUAUCCAACCAGAUAUUGUCCCAUCUUUAAAUGUGAAACGAGGCCUGGGAUGUCUCCCUAGGAUCUCCAUAGAAGUCACACUUCUGAGAUGCACUUCUGCCUUGAUCACUGAUGGCCAUUAGAGAUGCCACAGCACUUUUUCCAGAAGUCCAGGUAUUAGCCUGUGAUGGCUGAAUUCCAUCUCAGGUAAUUCCAUUUUGCCUCCCUAAAUUCCCCAUGGUUGCAGUUGGAUACAGUAUUUUUCCCUUACUACAGUAACUCACUGUACAGCAUAGCUGUGCUGUUCAUACAACUGCUGUGUUCCACUUUAUAGGUGGCUACAUUCUGUGGUGAUUCAUAUUAAGUUCUGACUCAUUUUAUCUGUCAUCCCAUACCAGGUGCCUGGAACAGUUUCCCAAGUAAUGUGCACCCAUUUCCUUCCAAAAACUCUUGAAAAUGUACUGAUUCCAUGAACCCUUCUGGUAUAGAUAUCAUUCCCUACUUUGUAUUAGUACAGAAUGGGUAUUUGCUUGUCUCUCAUCUACUAAACUUUUGAGGGUAGGGAUCCAGUUAUUUGUUCAGCAGAUUUUACCUCUUCUAGAGAGUCUUCUUCUACAUCUGUGGUACUUUACAAAUAAAGUAAUUGGAACAGUA